AGGAUAAAAACCAAACAGCUCCCUCCAAUGAAAAUAAAGCAUAACAAUUACCAUAACAACCGUAUUUUUUGUAUUGAAAAUAAGUAAAAUGGCUUGUCCUUUAAAACCGGUUUUUGAUCUAAGCCCAGCUGACCCAACUGUCAAUAAUUUUGUUUGUGGAGCUUGUCAGAAGACAUUUAGUGAGAAGAGAAAUCUUCGAAAGCAUGAAAAUAAUACUCAUGGCAGAACAGCAAACGGAUUUAAGUGUGUUUUGUGUAGUGAAUUAAUUACCAACCAGGAUAAUUAUGUUUAUCACCUCAAAAUACAUCAUGAUAUCCAAAUUGAAUUAACAAACUUGCGAUUUACAUCGAGGCAAGAAUUUGAUGAAUGGAAGAGGCAAAUGGAAGAUGAAACUUCAUCCUAUUAUACAAUUAGUUCUUCGAAUCCAAAUAGAAAGUAUUAUGAUUGUAAUCGCUCAGGAACACUUGAACCGCAGCCAGUAAGAUCGAGACACAUGAAGAUUCAAGGUUCGAGAAAAAUAGGAGGAAGGUGUCCAUCAAGAAUAAAAGUUGAACUGAUUGAUGGCAAUAUUAAUGUGUUGUUCUACAAAACUCAUAUUGGUCAUCAAAUUGAACUCAAACAUAUUAAUCUACCAAGAGCAAAUAGAGAAGAGUUAGCGGCUUAUCUUUCAAUCGGUAUGAGUCGCUGUGCUAUCUUGAACAAAAUCAGGAUGACUUGGAGCAAAGAGACAGUAAAUCGAGUACAUCUCACCUCGCAAAAAGAUUUACAAAACAUAACUAAGUCGUUCAAUUUGAAAGCAAAUGUUAACCGAAACGCGAAUGACUUAGUGAGUGUUGAAUCUUGGAUUGCAGAAAUGAGAUCUUCUGAACAAGAUCCAAUCAUACUGUAUCAAGAGCCAGCCGAAGAUGGAUCAAGCUCUUUUGUGUUAGGAAUUUCCACAAUCGGCCAACGCUAUCUACUGGAAAAACACGGAGAAAAUAUUAUUGCUAUUGAUUCAACUCAUGGUACCAAUGAUUACGACUUUCAACUUACUACAAUUAUGGUGGUCGAUGAAAAUAGAACUGGCUUUCCUGUUGCGUAUCUCUACAGCUCAAAGGUUGACACUGAAACUUGUGUUACCUUUUUCUCAGCUGUCAAAUCAGUUUGCAAUAUUAAAACUCCAAAAGUAUUCAUGUCUGAUGAUUUCAAUGGCUAUUAUAAUGCUUGGUGUAUUACUAUUGGUCCACCUGAGCAUCAUCUUCUCUGUACGUGGCAUGUAUUGGAACAAACACAUUUCAACUAUUCCAUGUCCAGAAACAAAAAAAGAACUCAAAAGAGAUUUAUUAGCCGUUCAUCAACAGCUUGA